AUGGAUCCAGCACUUUUAAGGGAGCGCGAGCUCUUUAAAAGGAGAGCAUUAGAUACGCCAACGGUUGAAAAGAAAAAAAUCGAGACAAAAUCAGAACCGCCUAGGGAAGAAAGAAAACCAAAGAAGACUAGUAGUAAUAGUGCUCCAAAGUUAGAUAUAAAUACAUAUAAAACAGCAACUGGUAGCUCACAGUACAGGUUUGGUGUGCUAGCUAAAAUUGUAAAACAUAUGAAAACAAGGCAUCAAGAUGGAGAAACAUAUCCUCUGACUUUGGAGGAGAUUUUGGAUGAAACAAAUCAACUGGAUGUUGGAAACAAAGUUAAACAAUGGUUAGCCACUGAGGCUUUGGUAGAUAAUCCUAAAAUAGAGGUGACACCAGAUAACAAGUUUUUGUUCAAAGCUUUGUAUAGGUUAAAAGAUCGCAAAGCUUUACUUAAACUGCUUCGACAGCAGGAUUUGAAAGGAUUAGGAGGUAUUUUAUUGGAUGAUGUUCAAGAGUCUUUGCCUCAUUGUGAAAAAGCGUUAAAAAUAUUGCAGAAUCAGAAUGAAAUAAUUUACAUUACAAGACCAAUUGAUAAAAAAAAGAUAUUGUUUUAUAAUGAUAGGACUGCUAGUAUGCCUAUUGAUGAAGAGUUUCAAAAAUUAUGGAGAUCAGUGGCUGUUGAUGCCAUGGAUGAUGAGAAAAUUGAUGAAUAUUUGGAAAAACAAGGCAUUCGAUCAAUGCAAGACCAUGGCCCAAAAAAAACAAUGGCACCCAAAAGAAAAAAGGCAAGCAACAGAAAAAGGACUUUCAAGAAACCAAGAGACAACGAGCAUUUGGCCGACGUUUUGGAAACAUAUGAAGACAACACUCUGACACAAAAAAAUACAGUUUAA